AUGGCUGAUGCUCCCCCCUCCCUCCCGGGCCCUAUGCCCUCGUCCUUUGACGGCGACCAGGAACUUCAGAAUGAAAGACCAAUGCAAAAGGUCCUCCGCAAGAUUAAGGAGGAGCCAUUGAUUCCCCUCGGAAUGGGUCUGACCACCCUCGCCUUUAUCAAUGCCUACCGAGCCCUCCGUCGUGGCGAUUCAAAACAGGCGAACCGCAUGUUCCGAGCCCGAGUUGCAGCACAGGGUUUCACCGUUUUCGCCAUGCUUGCCGGCAGCAUGUAUUACCAGAAAGACCGCGAGAAGAGCAAGGAGCUCCGCCAGCUCCAGGAGCAGAAGGAUGCUGAAGAGAAGCGACAAAAGUGGAUUCGUGAGCUUGAGGCCCGAGACGAGGAGGAAAAGGCCAUGCGUGCGAGACUCGAGAAGAAGAGACAACAGGUCCAGGCCCAGCGGGCUGGGGAGGCCAACGUAACUACAGAAUCGCAACCCGAAGGCACCGAGGCUUCCAGUAAUGGAGGUAUUCUGAGCCGCAUUGGCUUGUGGCCACAGGGCAGUAAGGAAGAGAAGAAGGAUGAUGACAAAGCCGCCGUAGAAGCUGUCGAGGACGAGACCAGCGCAAAGAAGAAGAAGAAUCCCAAGAGUUCUCUGGGCGAUCUUGGCGAAAUUAUCUCAAAGAGGAAGGACUGA